AAAUACCAUUUGUAUCAUGAUGGGAAUUUUAUAAUUGGUGCAUUUUUUCCUAUUUUUCAUCCUUAUCCACUAGAAGCAACAACAGAUUGGAAAGCACCUUUUGCCAUAAAUAAUUUUAGGGGUAUUCCAGGCAGAAACUACCAACUUCUUUUGGCCAUGUUAUUUGCCAUCAAUGAGAUCAACUGGAACUUGCAUAUUUUACCAAACACCUCUCUGGGACUUAAGAUUUAUAAUCUACCACUUUAUGGAAGGGAUGUUAUGAAGACUGUAUUCUAUUGGCUCACAGGCUUGAACACCUUUAUCCCUAAUUACAACUGUAGAGAAGAGAAAAAAUUAGCUGGUGUCCUAACAGGAACAUCAUGGAAGACAUCUGAAAAUAUUGGGAGAGUGCUGAAUCUUUACAAAUUUCCACAGCUUACAUUUGGACCUUUUGAUGAUCUUCUUACUGAUAAAAGGCAGUUUUCAUCUCUGUACCAAGUGGCCCCAAAAGAAUCAUCACUAUUAUGUGGUAUUGCCUUGUUGAUGCUUCAUUUCAACUGGACCUGGGUGGGACUGCUCAUCCCAGAUGACCACAGAGGUUUUCAGUUUCUAUCAGACUUGAAAAAGGAGCUGGACAAGAAUAAAGUGUGCAUUGCUUUUGUGAGGACAGUGCCAUUACUAGGGGAAUUACUAUGUAAUAUGCCAAUUGAUGUUUGGGUAUAUAUUCUGAGAUCAUCAGCAAAUGUGAUUGUAAUUGAUACAGAUAUUGCUUUUAUGUUAACUCUACUAAAAAAUGCAGAUAGAAAGGACUUACUGAGAAAAGUUUGGAUCAUGAAUUCAAAAGGUGUUGGUCUAAGGUUUCCAGAACAUAAUGUGGUAGAUAUGUUCCAUGGAACUCUUGCAUUUUCACACCAUCAUGGUGAGAUUCGUGGCUUCACACAAUUUAUGCAGGAAACUACCCCUAUUAAGUACCCAGAAGACAGUGUUCUUCAUGUCUUAUGGAGUUGGUAUUUCAACUGCUCAUUUUCACAUUCUGAUUGUAAAAUUUUUGAAAACUGUGUGCCCAAUGCCUCUUUGGAAUUGAUGCCAGGGAACGUAUUUGAAAUGAUCAUGACUGAAGAGAGUUACAAUGUGUACAAUGCUGUGUACGUGAUUGCCCACAGUCUUCAUGAGAUGAUUCUCAAUCAAUUCCAAAUUCAACCCCAGACAAACAAAGAUAGGAACAUGUUAUUCCCCUGGCAGCUUCACCCCUUUCUGAAAAAUAUUCAAGUGAUAAAUUCUGUUGGUGACUAUGUGGCCCUGGACUGGAAAAGGAAGAUAAAUCCAGAGUAUGAUAUUGUCAACCUUUGGAAUUUCCCAACAGGUCUUUUACAAUUUGUGAAUGUGGGUACAUUUUCACCAAGGUCUCCCCAGGGCCAACAACUGUCAUUAUCUGAGUAUAUGAUUCAAUGGCCCAUGGCAUUUACAGAGGUGCCUCAGUCUGUAUGCAGUGAGAGCUGCAUUCCUGGAUUUAGGAAAACCAUCCUGGAGGAAAAGCUUUUCUGUUGCUUUAACUGCAUUGCUUGCCAAGAGAAUGAGAUUUCCAAUGAGACAGAUAUGGACCAGUGUGUGAAGUGUCCAGAAACUCAUUAUGCAAAUGCAGGAAAGAGACAGUGCCUCAAGAAAACAGUGACUUUUCUGUCCUAUAAUGAUCCUUUGGGGAUGGUACUCACAAUCAUGUCUCUGGUAUUCACUGCUCUCACAGUUGUUGUUAUUGUAGUCUUUGUAAAGCACAGAAACACUCCCAUUGUGAAAGCCAAUAAUAGAUCUCUCAGUUACAUCCUGCUCAUCACUCUUACUCUCUGUUUCCUCUGUCCUUUGCUCUUCAUCGGCCUGCCUAACACAGCCACAUGUAUCCUACAGCAGAACUUAUUUAGACUUCUGUUCACAGUGGUUCUAUCCAGUGUGUUGGCUAAAACCAUCACUGUUGUUAUGGCCUUUGAGAUUACUGAUCCAGGAAGAAAGACAAGAUGUUUGCUGGUAUCAAGGGCCCCAAAUUUCAUCAUUCCAAUUUGCACUCUGAUACAAGUACUUUUUUCUGGUAUAUGGUUGUGUAUAUCUCCUCCAUUUGUUGACAUGGAUAUACACUCUGAACAUGGUUGCAUCAUCAUUCUAUGCAAUAAGGGUUCAACUCUUGCCUUCCAUGGCACUCUGGCCUUCUUGUGUGUCUUGGCCUUUAGUAGCUACUUCGUGGCUUUUUUAUCCAGAAAUCUGCCUGACAUAUUUAAUGAAGCCAAGUUCCUGGCUUUCAGCAUGCUGGUGUUCUGCAGUGUCUGGGUCACCUUCCUCCCUGUCUACCAUAGCACCACAGGGAAGGCCAUGCUGGUUAUGGAAAUUUCUUCUAUCUUAGCUUCCAGUGCAAGCAUUCUAAUCCUAAUCUUUGCUCCUAAAUGCUAUGUAAUUUUGUUCAGAUCAGAGGAAAACACUCUCCAUCCAAUCAGGAUUAAACAGCAUCAUAGGAGCAAAAAUUUACUUAAUACAUAA